AUGUCCCCAUAUUUCUAUAGCUUGCCAAUAGAAGAGCACAAGAAUAAAAUACUAGAUGAGAUAAGAAGAUCCAAAGUGUGUAUAAUAAAGGGCCCGACUGGCUGUGGAAAGUCAACAUAUAUCCCAUAUCUACUAUCUCUCUCUUUUCCUUCCUGCAGAAUUGCCAUCAUAGAGCCACGUAGAAUAGCUGUUACAUCACUUCAUAGCACCCUUUCCAGUACUAUGGAAGGUGUAGGAUACAAGAUGAGGUUCAGCAAGAGCAUCAAGAAAGACACCAAAACAAUCAUAUAUACCGACGGUAGUUUCCUAAACGAGGUCAUCGAAAGAGAGUUUGACUACAUCAUUGUUGACGAAGUGCACGAAAGAUCAAUUAGGACGGAUGUCAUUCUAGGGCUGUUCAAAAAUAGCAUCAGGAAUAUGAAGGGAAAGGUGAUACUGAUGAGUGCAACUGUUGAUACACAAAAGUUAGCUAGUUACUUCAAGGCCAGCGUGCUAGACAUUCCCGGCGUGCCACACCCCGUAAAGAUAGAAUAUUUGCCUGAAUGCACAAGUGACUAUAUUGUAGAGUCUUACAGCACUAUCAAAAGAAUACUUCUUUCAAAAGAGAAUGUGUGUGAGGGACUUGAGGUCAGAAACAAAGACAUUCUUGUCUUUCUACCUGGAGAAGAGGAUAUCAAUGAGCUAUAUACACUUCUGAAAAAGCUUCCUGUGAUCAGGGUCUACAAGAUAUUUUCUGCACUAAGUGACAAAGAACAGAACAAGAUCUAUGAACCCUCCAGUCUAAGGAAAGUUAUUCUCUCAACCAACAUAUGUGAGACUUCGCUGACAAUACCUGGAAUUGGAUAUGUCAUAGAUACAGGGCUCCACAAAGUGAAAAUAUAUGAUCAAAUGAGUUGUUUAGGGAUACAGGCCAUUUCUAAGGAGUCAGCAGAUCAGAGACUAGGAAGAUGUAAUAGAACAGGCCCUGGGAUCUGUUAUAGGUUGUACACAGAACAUGUGUAUAACACAUUGCCUCCGCACCAGAGUCCUGAGAUUUGCAGGUCUGAUUUGUGCCAAGUAUUUCUACAGCUCUUAGUCCACAGAAAGAAUCUACUUCGAUUUGAGUUCUUGGACUAUCCAACACGUGCAAAUGCUGUUGCCACUUUAUCCUUUCUUUUGGAGAAGGGUUGCAUAAGUAUUAACAAUGUAAAGGAAGAUAACAAUCCAGAUUUAAGUGCAACCUUAGUUCAACAGGAUGUCAGCUUGGACUCAAUAGAGCUAAAUCCCGACGACAUCAGAUUUAGGAUAACAAAGUAUGGAAGGCUUGUCCUUAGGCACCCAUUUGAUGUUCAUCUGUCUCAUUUUUAUCAGCAAUGCUUGGACAAAAAUGCUGGAUACUUGGGUUCUAUCCUUGUGUCUUUGAUAGGCCAGGAUGGCUGUAACUUCCUGAAGCACAAAAACAAGAGUCAAAAAACAGACAUCGAGUUUCUGGUAUACCUCUUAGAAGGAUAUUUGGAGUCUGAGGACACAAAAGAGUACUGCAUAAAGCACGAGGUGGGGAUGAAAUACAUGGAAACUGCAAAGAAGAUUUUUUUGGGGCUGAACAGAAAGAAGAGCGGAGAUAUUGAGAUGGUGGAAAGGAUUUUCAGCUUUGCAUACAAACACAAUCUCUGUGAGAGAAUGAAGGACGGAAGCUACAGGCAUCUUGGGAGUAAUGAGGUGGUAUGGAUACAUCCAAGCAGCUGCUUUUUCAAGCGAAAAGACAGAUUUGUUGUGUUUGUGGAUGCCUUCUAUACAACUAAGGCGUAUGCAAGAAUUGUAGGAAAGUACUUUAAAUCAAGUUAA